UCCUCAUCCUUGGUAAAAGGGGAAGAAGAAUCUAGAUUGUCUAGGUGGCAGGGAAAACGUAUUCUCUCUAUUGAGGAACAUGUUGCCGCUUGCCUUCCUGCUUCCCAGACCCCAAAGUUACGUAUGCUGUUCCUCAACUGACGGGACUAGGCAGCCGAAGGGGCGGGACAGGGCCUGGGAUUGGCUGUUGUCGGCCUACCCCUUUCACUGCUGUCCGGUUCCUCUCGCGGACGGGCGCCUGCGCAAUGGACCGGUCGUGGGGGGCGGGAAGCACUUAGGGGCAUUAGAGCCCAUGUCGGCCUUGAGGCGCUCGGGCUACGGCCCCAGUGACGGCCAGUCGUAUGGCCGCUAUUACGGGCCAGGGGGUGGCGAUGUGCCCAUGCACCCACCUCCUCCCUUGUAUCCUCCUCGCCUUGAACCUCCCCAGCCUCCCAUUUCCUGGCGGGUGCGCGGGGGCGGCCCGGCUGAGACCACCUGGCCGGGAGAAGGCGGAGGGGGCGAUGGCUACUAUGCCUCCGCAGGCGCCUGGUCAGAGACAGGUCGAGCUGGAGGAAGCCACCAGGACCAGCCACCAUAUCCUAGCUACAAUUCUAACUGUUGGAAUUCUGCACGACCUAGGGCUCCAUACCCAAGUACAUAUCCUGUAAGACCGGAAAUGCAAGGCCAGAGUUUGAAUUCUUACACAAAUGGAGCAUAUGGCCCACCAUACCCCCCUGGCCCUGGGGCGAAUACUGCCUCUUAUUCUGGGGCUUAUUAUACACCUGGAUAUACUCAGACCAGUUACUCCCCAGAGGUUCCAAGCACUUACCGUUCACCUGGCAACAGCCCAGCCCCAGUCUCUCGUUGGCUGUAUCCUCAGCAGGACUGCCAGACUGAAGCACCCCCUCUUCGGGGGCAGGUUCCAGGAUAUCCUGCUUCACAGAACCCUGGAAUGACCCUGCCCCAUUAUCCUUAUGGGGAUGGUAAUCGUAGUGUUCCGCAGCCGGGACCAACUGUACGACCACCGGAGGACUCAUGGGCUUCUCCUGGUGCUUAUGGAAUGGGAACUCGGUACCCCUGGCCUUCAGCCGCACCCUCAGCGCCGCCUGGGAGUCUCUACAUGAGUGAGAGUGCUUCAGCGUGGCCCAGCAGCAGCUCUCCUCAGUCCCCUCACUCCCCACCACCCCAGCAGCCCAAGGACUCCCCAUACCCGUAUAGCCAAUCAGAUCAAGGCGUGAACCGGCACAGCUUUCCUUGCAACGUCCAUCAGUACGAGUCCUCGGGAACAGUGAACAGUGAGAAUUCAGACCUUUUGGAUUCCCAAGUCCAGUACAGUGCUGAGCCUCAACUGUAUGGUAAUGCCAGCAACGAGCACCCCAGCAAUCAAGAGCACAGUGAUAAUCUUCCUGAAGAGUGUCUGCCUUCAGAUGAAGGUACUCCUCCAAGUAUUAAAAAAAUCAUACAUGUGCUGGAGAAGGUCCAAUAUCUUGAGCAAGAAGUAGAAGAGUUCGUAGGAAAAAAGACAGACAAAGCAUACUGGCUUCUGGAAGAAAUGCUAACUAAGGAACUUUUGGAACUGGAUUCAGUUGAAACUGGGGGCCAGGAUUCUGUCCGGCAGGCCAGAAAAGAGGCUGUUUGUAAAAUCCAGGCCAUACUGGAAAAAUUGGAAAAAAAAGGAUUAUGAAGGAUUUAGAACAAAGGGGAAGCCUGUUACUAACUUGACCAAAGAACUCUUGAUUUUGGUUAAUUAACCCUCUUUUUGAAAUGCUUGUUGGUGACAAGAAGCAAUACAUUCCAACUUUCCUUUGAUUAAAACUUGAAAAACUGGUAAAGGACUUGAAAGAACAUUUUAGUUAUGAGUUAGUUGUUUUCAGUUUUCAGACCAAUGAAUGUAAUAGGAAACUGUGGAGUUACCAUUAUUGCCAAGUCAGUCACUCCUUAAGAAAUGUGUGGAUAUGUACAGGCUGCUUCUUAUCAGCAGGAGGAAAACAUGUUUUGUGUAACAGGCUUAUCAAAAACUUACCAGAUGAGACUGGAUAUAAUCCGAGGCAAGCAGGCUCUGUUUUUUUUAAACAUCUGGACUACUUGUCACAUUUUUGUACGUUGUGACUGCUUUCAACAUACACUUCAUGUGUAAAUUACAGCUUGGACUUUAGCCUUCUUGGACCUCUGUUUUGUUUUGUUAUUUGCAGUUCAUAAAUAUAGUAUUAUUCUCUACUUCUUGGUACGUUUUAUAGUAAUAUGUUUAAUAUAAUUAUUCAAGAGAUUAUAUUGGCAGCCAGAUAGUAUGGCAAUUCUGAAUGAAUUUCUAUCUUUUCACCACUUGAACAUAUUGCAAUGUGUAGUGAGUUCCUGAGGUAACUUGUCUCCUUUUUUGUAUAGAUCAUUAGGGUAGAGUUUUACCACUCCUACUUUUCAUGUUAAUAGCGGAAGGCAGAUUGGAAGAUGGCAGUGGCAUAGGAAUGAGAUGUUUGUGGCCAUUUUCUUUUUUGCUUUUUUAUUAUAUUUGGAUAAAGAUCCACCUUAAAAUUUCCUCACCUCCCCACAAUCGUCUUUUCACUGCUGCUGCUUCCGUAUAGAGCAUUAUGAUAGGUACAGAUGAAAAAUUAAAUACCACAGUGAGUGGAAAUAUCCGUGAAAGUAAUAAGUGUGAUCAUUUGGAAAUGCGCUUCUCCAUCUAAAAUACUAGGUUCACCAUCAAGAUCCCUAUCAGCAGAUUUCAGCUUAGUUUACAGUAAAAAACAAGGAUAAAAAAGGAUUCAUGCUCAGGGAAUGAAUCAGCCAUAGUUAGAGUGGGAAAUUUUCUUUUAAAGGCAUAGUUGAUGUUUACCUUUAUUUCCCUAGAAUAAAUUGUUUUAUAAAAAAAGAUGUUUAUUACCAUUAAUAACGGUCAGUUCAGAGCCAAACUUAAGAAAGGAAUAUUGAAAGGGUCUUAGCUAGGCUUGCUUGGGUAGCUUUAUGCUAUGGUAUGGAAGAGACGUAGGUAAAUGACUUACUUUUCCUCUCAGAAGUGAGUUCUAGUAUACAGUAUCUGUUAUUGGAAAAACAGCUGUUUCUUAAUAAGAUAUCCAAGUGAUAACUUUUUUCUAGACUGUCAGGCCUGCUAGUGCUAAUAAAUCUAUCAGCCAUCUCCUCUCCUUUUAAACAAAGCCAAACCAACACAUGAUGAGAAAAAAUGGAGUACAAGUGUUGGCUGGGUCUGAUGGAUGAUGGAGCGACUGAUUUUAUGAGAUACUAUGUGACAAUGUUAUUCUAGGAUUUUUAUUUUUGGCCUAAUGUAGGAAUAUUAAAAAAAAAGGCCUUCUAUGAAAAUUAGAAACUUAUAUUUGAAAAUAAAAAUUUAGAAGGGGGAGAACCUUAAAGCCAAUUUAAAGAAAAUCAGUAAGACCGUGACUAAUUCAGGAGAGAACGCUAUUAACUAUUUAACUGAGGGCCGAUGAUACCAAUUUCCAUGAAGUUUUGAUUUUUAUACACACACACACACAUUAUGCACAUAUGUAUAUAUGUUUUUAGCAGUUAUUUUUUUAAUUUUAAGAUAAUUUAAGACCUCCUAAAGAGUUGUAAAAUGAGUAGUUUAUGUAUAUAUUCACUGAACUUCCCCUCUGUUAACAUCUUCUACAACCAUAGAACAUUUGUCAAAUUAAGAAAUUAGCCUUUAUACAAUACUGUUGACUAAAGUAGAGAGUUUAAAAAGUAGAGAUUUUGUUGGUCUUUUCACUGAUGUCCUUUUACUGUUCUAAGAUCCACUGCAGGAUCCCACCUUGCACUUAAGUUGUCAUAUCUUCAUAGUGUCUUCCAAUCUGUGACAGUGUAUCAUGACACCUGAUGUCAUAAUGUAUCUCUGCUGUUGUUAACCUUAAUUACUGAGGUCGUGUUUGCUAGGAUUCUGUACUGUAAAAUUACUAUGUUUUUCUUUGUAAUGACUAUUUGCUGGAGCUACUUUGAGACUAUGCAAAUGUCCUGUUUCUGCUUAAACUAUUGCUCACUCAUUUUUGUAUCUGUUGCCAGAUCUUGCGUGUGUCAGUUACUACUGUGGUGUUCUAAUGGUGAUUUUCUAUUUCUCUCAUUUCUUCUACAUUUAGUAAUUGGCAUUCUUUAAGGAAGAGUUAUCACAUUUGGAUUCAUAUUUUUAAUUAAAAAAAGAUACUCAAGAUAGUACAAAUUUAUAACUUAAAGAUGUAAACCGUGUUAAAAUGAUUCCAAAUACGAGUAUCAAAGAAAGGAAAACUUGGUAACCUGUUCCAGAAAAUAUAAUGAACUUAAGAAGGAAAAUAGUAUUUAUGAUUUAUGGGUUUGGUUCAAUAUUUGACUCAAUAUCGACUCCAGACUAAAUUCAAAAUUGUCUUGGAAUUUCACAUCUGGACUUUCUAGAAGUCUCUACAUUUAUAUUACUUUGGGGGUAGUUUUUGUCAAAAGCUUGAAUAAAGUUAUCCAGACCUGGCAUGUUAAA